AUGCAGAACUAUCUUGACUCCUCUGUGAUCUCCAUCAUCGAGGACCUUUCUCUGAGCGAGGUGGGAGCCUGGCUGUGGCAUGGGUGGGGGUGGCAGCAGCAUCCCCCAUGUCCGGGUCCCGUGGCCGUGCCCCGCUGCCCUCUGAGACCACUACUGCCCUUGCAGCACGGCAAGGCCUGCCUGGAUGCGCAGAACGAGCUGUCCCUGCUGACUGCCAUCACUGAGAUUCUGGACAGCACGGACGACGAGACCCUGUCCCCCUUUGACACCAUCAUGGAUGCAGAACUGCUGACCUCGCCUCGGGAGCGGGAGAAUCCCUCGUUUCAGAAGUUUCUCAGCUUAUCCCGGCCGUCGCUGGAGUGCGAGAGCCCUGCCCUGGAGCAGCCCAAGGCUCUCAGGCCUCUGAGCAGCAGCAGCAGCAGCGUCUCUGUGGUUGGGAAGACUGACACAGACCUGGCCUGGGACCAUGCCACUCACGGCCUCGAGGACCCAGCACUGCCGAAGAAGCAAGUCUGCAGCACCCCGAGGGUGGAGAGGAAGCUGGGAUGGCACCGGGCCCGAGAGCAGCCCCUGCCACAGCGCAGCGACGGGGAGGAAGAGGAGGAGGAGGCUGCCUUGAGCCCAGAGCUAGACAGCAGCCUGGAAGCUGCAGAGUUUUGCAUGAGUGGGGCCGGGGUGGCACUGGAGGAGCGUGAAGACCCCUGCAUCAUCAACACGGGUGACGUGUCCCUGAGUGAGCUGGUGAAGUCCAUGCACCCCUACUGCCUGCCCACUUUCACUGUGUGCCUGGACCCCGAGACCGAGCCUGUGGCCAAGGAGCUCCUCAGCGGUCCCGUCUUGCUGGAAAUUGUGCCUGGUGAGGGGGAGAGUGUGGAGAUCCCUGUUGUACUGCAGCCGCUGGCCCCCAGCUUCCCUGACCAGGAGCCCCAGCUCCUGGGAGCAGAGGAGGGUACCGGAGAGUCAAUCCCAGAGGAUCGAGAGGAGCUGCCAGGAGCUCCAGCCCAGGAAAACGGGAUGGAGGAGGAGAAGGAGGAGAGACCGCCUGGGAAGGAGCCCUCCUUCACUACCCCAGAGAGCACGUCCCCACCGGAGACAGCAGCACCCAGGGCCUGGAGCCCUGACAGCAGCUCCCGGUGCAGCACAGAGGCACCGGCAGGCAGCAAACGCGAGGGCACCGAGAAGGGACGUGGCCGUGAGAGAGCAAGGAAGAGUCGGAAAAAGAAAGCAGAGGAGGACCAAAGCGAGCAGGCCAGGCCAGGCAGGGACUGCGUGGCCCACUGGCUCCGCUCGGCACCGCGGCCCCGGGGCAGGCCCCGGAGCACGGCAGGGGCCUCCCUGCCUGAGAAAGCACAGCAGGAGCUGCAGAAGGAGCCGGCGCUAGAAAUGGUGAGCGUAGCCCCAGAGAAGGCUGAGACCGUGGUGCCUCCAGAGAAGACCGCACCAAAUGCAGAGGAGCCGCCAGCCGUGGCGCGUCCUGGCCCGGCAGACCAGGCUGAGGGUGACGGGGAUGCGCAGCCGGCUGUCAGACAGGGCAGCGGGGACUCAGAGGCUGCUUCUCCUCUCUCGGAGCGAGGUGUGGGGCUGCAGCCCCCCCAGAGCCUGCCGGUGGCGGAGCCGCGCGAGGGCCUGCCCAAGGGAGCACCACGCACCACCACGGGUCGAGAGAGCAGCCUGCCCACCAAGGCACCUGCCGUGCGGCCAUGGAGGCACCAGCCGCUCCUCAGCCUGGCGCAGCCCAGUGACAGCAGCAAGGACAUCGUGCAAGCCUUCAUCAGCGAGAUCGGAAUCGAAGCCACCGACCUGUCCAGCCUGCUGGAGCAGUUCGAGAAGUCUGAAGCCAAGAAGGAGGAGGCUCCCGUGCAGCCCCCCGAGGACAGGCGGCCAGCAGGGAGCUCCAGGCCCGAGACCCAGCAGGACAGGAAGCCCCCGGACAGCCUGCAGGCCUCUGAGCUGGCCAAUGUGGCAGGCAUCCCAGGUGCGGCGCGGCUGGAGAGCAACAGCAGCCCCGGCACACAGCCCCCCACCGAGGGCGGCUCCCGCUGGAACGUCAAACACCACCGGGACAUCACUAUCAAACCCAUCUCCUCCUUAACCAAACGGACGCUGGACCAACCCAAGCCCACCCCGCCAGCCCCCACCACCACUGUGGGGCCCAGCCAGGAGCCCCUGGGGACGGCCUGCCUAGCCCCCCUGGAUUAUCGGACUAGCGUCCCCAACAAGGUCACCGCCGGGUGCAGCAGCCCCCCCACCUCGGUGCUCCUGUCUCCAGCCGCAUCCCCCUGCCGGGACCAGGAGAUGCGGACUCCCAGUGCCCAGCCCAGCCAUGCUGCUGCCAAGAGGUCCCUGCGCUGCUACCGGAGACCCCGGGACUCGCCCAGCCCCUCUGCUGGCAGCUGGAGGGCUGGCAGGAGCCGUCCCAGCCGCUCCUUCAGCUCCAGUUCGGAUGGAGCUAGCGAGUCCUCAUCUUCAUCUUCAUCCUCAUCCUCCCGAUCCCGGUCACGGUCGUUCUCCCCACCGCCCAAGCGGUGGCGAAGGUACCGCUCAAGAUGUUCCCACAGCUCCUCCUCCCGCUCCAGCUGUGGGUCGUGUGGCAGGUCCCGGGACAGGUCCUCAUCCUCAUCAUCAACAUCCUCCUACUCAUCCAGGUCCACGUCCCGCAGCCAGUCCCGCUCCCCCUCGCCCCGCAGGAGGAGUAACAGGCGGAGAAGAUACAGUUACGAUGCACAGGACCGCUACCAAAGGCAGAGGAUCCUCCAGAAGGAACGUGCAAUAGAGGAGCGUCGAGUUGUGUUUAUUGGCAAGAUCCCCAGCAGGAUGACACGGUCGGAGCUGCGGCACCGCUUCUCUGUGUUUGGGGACAUCGAGGAGUGCACCCUGCACUUCCGCUCUGAGGGGGACAACUAUGGCUUUGUCACCUACCGCUAUGCCGAGGAAGCCUUUGCCGCCAUCGAGAGCGGGCACAAGCUGCGGCGCCCGGACGAGCAGCCCUUCGACCUGUGCUUCGGCGGCCGCCGGCAGUUCUGCAGGAGGAACUAUGCUGACUUGGACUCAAACCGGGAGGAUUUCGACCCAGCCCCCGUCAAGAGCAAGUUUGACUCUCUGGACUUCGACACGCUGCUGCGGCAGGCACAGCGCAGCCUGCGGAGGUAGCGGCAGGCAAGGCGGAGCGCCCGCCCCCACUUUUAUACUCAAAUACAAAAGACAAAAAAAGUAUGGAGAGAGAGAGAUGGGGUUUUUAAGAAAAAGAAAAAGGAAAAAAAGAAAUUUGUUUUAUAACCAAUAUUUAAGGAGGAUGGGUCAUUUGCCUUUGACCGGAGGGGCCCAGGUGAGCGGCAGCCCCAGGCUUGCCCCAGCCAUGUAAUAAAUGUGGAUGCCCAAACA